AUGGAAACUGUUAGCGCAACACAGUCAGAUGAGUAUAGUAUUUCUAUAAAUCAGUAUGAAGCAGAUUCUCAAGAAGUUACCCAUGAGAAAAUUUCACUCUUCACUGCAUCGGAAAGUAGUCAUGUUACAAAUAAAAUAAUCGGAAAAUCUAAUAAUGAGGAAACAUUAGAUUAUAUAAAACCUGAUUCUAAUAAUCGACCUCUUUUGAACGAGGAAAAAUUUUCUUCAAGCUUGGUUAGUAAUAAUGAACAAUCUGUUACAUUUUCACCAACUGAUGUGUCUGAAGAAUUAAAUAAUAACUUAGUGAAAUCUCAAGUUAAUAUAGAAAAAUUCAAUAAUACACAGCAAAUUUCUGAUUCAUAUGAAAAUACAGAAAAUAUUUAUAAUCAAGACGAAUUAAAGUUAGAGGAACAUAUAAUGGAAAAUGCUUCAACUUUAAAUCAGCAGCAAAAUGAAAGUGGACACCAUAUUGUAUCUAGUCAAGAGGAGUUUAAAAGAGCUCCACCUCAUCACGAAGACAUUCCAUCUUUUAGUGAAUGGACUCAAAAACAAUUAGCAGAGGCGGAAAAAAAAAAGACGGAUCAAAAUGAAACAACGGAUAAAUUUCCCAGGCUCCGUGGAAAAUUUCGAAUAAAAAAUUAUGCAUCACCCGAUUGUGGAGCCAAAAUAGUGGCAGCCAAUCCCGAAUCUUUAAGUUCAUCAUCUGUUCUUUCUUCAUUGAAAGAUGAAUACAUGCUCAACUAUUGCACAAAUAGAAUUUGGUUUAUAAUUGAAUUAUGCGAAGCCAUACAGGCGAAACAGUUAGAUCUGGCAAAUUUUGAAUUGUUUUCAUCAUCUCCGAAACAUUUUUCAGUUUUUGUUUCUCAUCGUUUUCCCACUCGCGAGUGGAGUAGUGUCGGAAAAUUUACCGCUCAGGACAGUAGAGACGUGCAAACAUUUAAUCUUCAUCCGCAUUUUUUCGGAAAAUACGUCAAAGUCGAAAUGCAUUCCCAUUAUGGUAAAGAACAAUUUUGUCCCGUGUCGUGGGUCGGAGUUUACGGAACGAGUGAAUUCGAAGUGUUGGCCAAAGAAGAUGAACGUAAUUCUCUAUCGGAGGAUGAUGAUGGAGAUCCGUACGAUGAAGAAUUAAUGUUUCAUCACAAAAAGGAUUCUCCGAAAAAUUUAUUUAGCAGUGCUACGGACGCUGUUUUAAGUAUAGUUAAAAAAGCAACGGCUCCGUUUAUGAAAUCGGACAAUAAUCAAACGGAAAGUAACAAUAGGGUAAAAACGGAGUCUUCCGACGAUAGUCUAUGCAUUACUCCUCGCUUUGUAGUCAUUUGUAAUAAUUGCACAAUAAAUAAAAACCAAAUGGUAUUAAAUGUUACGUUGCACGGUGUGCAAACAUUGAAAAAUUUAACUAAAAAAAAAGAUAAUUGUGAAGAUAAUGGACCGACGAAAUCUCAUUUUCAAGAUUCAUUUCUACCCGUUAAAUCUCAAAUCCCAGAUGAAAGCAUGGAGAAAGCAUCGGUUGAAAUUCAAUUUACAACUUCUCUCACGGAUGAAACGAUAAAGUCGAAAGAAAAUUGUGGAAUGAAAAUCGAACCAACGAAAACAUUAAACGAAGAGGAAAUGAGUAUUUUAAUAUCGGCUAAUUUAAAAUCAGAAAAGGAUCCGGAAGCACCCAGAGUGCUAGAUAAAUCCAAGGAUCUUUUAAAAACCGAAUACAUAAAUCCUUCUCUUGCAACGGACACAUUGAGCGAAAUAAGUGCGAGCGUCGUCGAGUAUGAGAAAAAAGAAGAAAAAGAUAAAACAUACUCGGGAGAAAAUAACACCGAAGUACAAAAAGACGCAGAAGCAGAAAACAAUAACAACAGCAACAGCAACAACAACAACAACAACAACAACAGUAAUACAACAAAUCAAGAUUCAAGUUUCGAUUCCAUAAUAAGCGAUUUAAACGCCAUUGAAAAAGUAGAAAGUUCUACAUCGGCUCCUUUCACAGCAUCCAAUCUUCCCUCUGAAUCGAUUUUCCUACGUUUGGCCAACAGGAUAAAAAAUUUAGAGGUUAAUAUGUCAUUGAGUUCGACUUAUUUAGAAGAAUUAUCGAAAAGGUAUCGGACUCAAUUGGAAUUAAUAUCAAAAACACUUAAUUUAACGAUACAAAAAGUCGAAGAACGUGCGAAAUUGGAAGAAGAAAAAGAGAGGAAGAGAGAAAAAGAAAUCAUGUUGAUACGAAUGCAAUUGGCUAAUUUAACCCGUGACGUAUCGACUUUCCUACGGGAACAAGAAAGUUGGAAACCUCAGGCAUCAUCCGUCAGUCAACACAUAUUUUUUAUACUCAUUGAAAUUUUACUAUUGUGGUUUUUUUUUAGUUAUUGGAAAAAACCUGGGAGUAGAGUUUUGCAAGAGACGGAGGGGAAAAAAUUACACAAAAGCUACGAAAGGAGAAGUUCACUGGAGGGUGUUAAAGGUCACGAUGGACCGAAGAAAAAAGUCAGGAGACCCAGCGACGAAGCUUUAGAUAUCGCAUUAUCCAGAACGUACAAGAUUGAUAAAAAGAGAAAGAGGAAAAAAAAAGAUAGCAAAUGUUCUUUGAAUAAUUUCAAUCCGAAAAGGAAAACGUCCGAAGGGGACGCAUCGCAAAUGUUCAAAGAACGUUGUUCUCUUCAAGGAGAAGAAAAACACGUUAAAAAUUUGAAUAACGCGACAGAAAAUAAGGCUGAAAUAAUUCAAAACGUUUUUCCUAUAGAAUCAAAUAAUGUAUUUAAUAAAUUAUCGACUGCAUCAAAUGUACCUGUUAUAAGUGGUGGGAGUGGGAGUGGUGGUGGGGGUUCAACGGGAAAAUCCUUUCAAGGGAUUACUUCGCCUCCUUAUAUAAAAACAGCUGCGUCAAGUAGAGAUUUUCGCUUGCGUUUAGGAAGUAAUAAUAAUAAUAAUAAUAAUAAUAAUAAAGAAUCUAGUCAUUAA